ACCAAUAAGAUCUGAAAUCAAUGAACACGGAAUAAGUGAAUACAAAUCAAAUGUGGUUAUGCAAAUAAUAAAAGUAACUAAAUUUUGUAUGGUUUGCUGUUUGAAGUCGAUUUAUUUCGCUAUUGUUCUUCUGCCACUAAUCAGUGCAGAAAACCUAACCAACGGAACCAGUGCCACGAGCGUCUAUCAACCAUGGAAAACAAUAUCAUCAAGAGUUCCAAUAUUAGUCAUCGUAAGAAAUAUAAGCCACCAAUAUAUCACUGCAGCUGUAGAAACAGGUACAUUUGCUACCAUAUACAAUGUGUAUUUCUUUCUCUACGUCCAUCAACAUCUUCGUCGAAGUUUUCACAACAAAACUCGUGAUACAACUAAUUAUAUUAUAUGCCUCAACAAUAGCAAAAAUUUCAAAGAAAACGAAGACAAGUAUGAAGAUUACAAUGGGAAAAUCAAUGAGUUUAGUAGGAGCUUGAAACAAUAUUGGAAGCAAAAAGAACUAUCAUUAAAAAGUAGACGAGAUAUUGCUGGAGUUAAAAGCCAACUUUCCUGCGAUGAUAUAUUCGAAUUAGCAUUGUGUAUGAUAACUGCCAUUUUUAUAGAGGUUAUUCCGAUUACUAUUCGCUAUGCUUGCAAAAAAACUGCACUUUGUUGGCGAAGGCUGUUCUGCUGUUUCUAUCAUCGAAACUACACGAAAACGCCUUAUUUACGGCAGUAUUUACAUCAGCAGCAUCGUGCUGUCAUUAACUGUGUUUGUGAUGUUUUGAAAUUGAGCACAAUAAAAUUUAAGAGAAGAUCGGAUCAACAACAAAAACAUUUAUGUAUACUUCAUCAGAAGCAUUUAACCGUUUUUGCAGUGAUAACUGGGAAAAUAUUUGCACUUUUUAUUCAGGGAGCAUCUACUCAGUCACCCGAGAUAAGCGUGCCAGCUAUUGCCGACAGUUUGUAUAUCUCAGGAGAAAAACUUAUAAUUUUUCCUGCAGUGCCAACAAUGAUGGCAACUACAGCUAUUAUUGCACAGAACUGUAAAAAGUUCUGCCACCAUUAUUUGCUAAAAGCUGUUAUAAUAAAUCCUAUUACAUUUUCAUUUUAUGCACAAAUUACAGCAGAUCAUGUGCAUUGUAUUAUAAUGCCUAAAGAAAUUCGACUGCUUCCGAAACAGAUAACUUAUCUGGUAUGGGAAAUUCAACAACUAAGAGAGCUUGACAUUUCUUGCGAUUAUAAGUAUUUCGUUUGUGGCGGAAAGAUAAUAGAAAAUAAAUUUGUAUAUGCCGCUAACGAGAACAAGGACCAGACACUGCGUCACAAUCUGAGAAGUUUUGCAAUACUUCUACUAUUGAUUGACUACUAUGACACUGUCUAUGAAAACUAUGACAAUAAUUAUGCAAAAUCUCAAAAAAAUUGUUACUUGAAACUCUUUGAAGAGCAGUUAUUGAAAAUAUCUAAAGAUUGUGGAAUAUUAUCUAUACAGAUGAAUAGUUUUAUAAUCGGUUGUCGGAAAAAAGUGAAGUAUGGUCGUGAUAUUUCCGUCAUACACACAAAUUCAAUAUUUAAAGAACUACAAUCAGGUGCAAAGCGUAAAUCUAAGCCUAAUUUUGGAAAACAUAUUAAGCCAAUGAAACUACGAAAAGCAUCACCAUAUUGGAAUGUGCCAUUUCGCUCGGCAUCAACAUUCACAUGUCAACGCAUACAAGAUAAAAGUACCAAUUGGAAAGAAUGCUUACAGGCUAUAAUUAAAUUCGACCUUUGCUGUUGUUGUUGGUGUUUCUAUUGUUAUCGUCGUAAUAGUAUCUCUGAAAGAGUUUCGAACGGUUUUUGUAACAAAUGGUAUAGGUGCUAUCCGUGGUAUCGGAGGCAAUAUGCUUAUAAGUUUCCGCACUGCAUAUAUUGCUACUAUUAUUUACAUUGUUAUUAUUCUUUAAAUCAAUAUUGUUGCUACUAUUGUUACUCAAAAUUUUUUAUAAAAUCCGUAAUGUAUCCAUGCAACUGCUCAAGUAAUAAAUCCAAUCAUGACUUCCGUCAGUACUGCCCUAACACAAAGCGGAAGGAAAAGAAAACUAAGGAGCAGAGAGUUUUGCAACAAUUGAAGUGCUUUCGGAAUUUUUUUCGACCACAAUAUCCGACAAAUACGAACUGUAUAAGUAGCACACUCUCUGCAUUGUACUUCUGUCAUAGAAUUUAUUGGUUUCAAAAUAGGCAGAACUGUUGUUCACACAUCACCAAGGCUAACACAUUGGUUAAUGCAAUGAAUUCGGUAAAAACUGCUUGUGCCGAGACAAUAUCAAACAAAAAGAUUGAUUUUUUCAAUUCCAUCCGAUCUACCGCUAUAUAUUUAGGCAAAUGUGUGCACAAUGAACUAAUUAAGUUAGAAGACUACAUACGUAGACACAUAGUUUUAGUGCUUCAGAUUAAAAUAUCAAUACCCCGAUCGACUGCCCUCGCAAUUAAGGUAACAAGAGAUCAACUACACCAACAACAACAACAAAUGGUUAACAUUGCACACGAUCAGCAAUUAAAAAUGAAUUAUUUAUGCAAAAUUUUUUGCAAUAAUUGGAAGAGGCACCGACGGAGGAAACGGCGACGUCGUCGUCGACGCAUGAAUAAACAAGAGCAGCAGCAACAUCAAUCCGUCCGACUACAGCAGCAACACAUAAACAAUGAGAAAGAAACGUUAUUAAGUGGCAUGAACAAUUCUCGUUUGCAUAUAUUGGAUUUUAAUGCGUGCAAAGCUAUCGCCACAAAUGUCCCUGUGCACAUGAUAUUAUCAAAAGCACCAACUGUAACAAUGUUGGCCGCAAUGCGUUUUACAAAUACCAAAAUUGCCUUGACCGAUGGAAACCGAAAGGAUGUGAUAAGUCCGUCUCAAACACCUGCACUGAUUUCUUCACCAUCAUUAACAACGACAGCUAGUACAAGAUUAAACCGAAGCCGCAGCAGGCCGAAUCUUGUUUGGCUUUUUAUUGGACUGGUCUGGUUUGAAGGUCCAAAAUAUGUCAAUUGUGGUAUGCAGAGUAGUAGUCAAUCCUCACAAUCUAAUCCUCAGUCUCAAUCACAACCACAGACAGCAACACAUACAGCAGAAGCAACACUUGAACCGCUCCCAACGUCGGUCCUACUUUCCCAACGUCAGCAACAUAAAAUUCCACCACCACGUAUAACGUCGAACUUACUUUUAUUGACACCCAACCAUAAACAAAUAUUCAAAGGAUCGAUGUCAUUUAUACAGAAGGGAUCAAUUGCCGAAAUUGCCGACACCGCUAAGUAUAAAAUUAAGCAAGGGACAAAGAGCAGUCUUAAUAGCAAAGUAAUGCAUAUUGACAAUUGUUUGCUUCCGCCUAGACGUGCUUCCAUAACGGCCACAAAAACAAAAGGAAAGCUUUCACGAUCCUACGACAACGAUCCCAUAAUGUUAACCGAUCGCAAACGAUACAACUGGCUGGAACCAGGGGUGAAUGUUGAGGCAAAUUUCUUGGAUGAAGAAGCACACAGUGCACAUAGCGACCACGCUCGUCUCGAGUCUAUUAAGAGACAGAUAUUGACUAAACUUGGUUUAAAACAGAAACCCAACGUAUCUCACCCUCUUCCAAAGCAAUUUAUAUGGGACACCAUAUAUCGUGCAGACGGUAUACGCAGCGUUGUCAGUGAUUUCGAUUUCGGUGAAAAUGGAUCACAUCGAAUGGAAUUAAUGUCGGAAGAAAAUAGCACAAAAGAAACACGAAGAUCGCAUUCUGCAAAAGCAAAUGAUAUUACAAAUCUUUUACAUAACAGCCGAGGCUUCCACGAUGGUGAAUUCGCUAAUACGAUUGGUUCAGUUGCCGAAAAAGUUUUCAAUGUAAGUUAUAACGAUUAUUUGCAUCAUGCCCGGUUUGACGAGUCUAAGAUAUUAAACGAUAGCAAAAUAACGAAUAAUUUCACAUAUCUUAUGCAUAUUAGUAAACCAAAGCCAAAUAAAAACUUCCUAGGUGUGGAUGAACCGGGAUAUAGUGAUAUAUAUAUUUACAAUGAUAAAGAUGAUUUACUCGAAACAGAGACCGACGAAUUAAAUCACAAAGUAAACCAUGGUAUUCAUAAUGCCGGUGAAGCUUAUUCGUAUGCUGAAAACGAAAAUGGGUAUAGUUUACACCAUCGGAAAUAUCCUUUGUCAGCAGAUCAAAAUAAAAACGAAGGUGAUGAUUUUCUAGGCGACACACAAGAGCUCAUCAUAUUUGCGGAGAAAGGAAAAAUGAUUAAACAACAUCGACUAGUUGAGUUCGCACCACAAACAAAGUACAUGUCAAAUGAAAAAUUUUUUGUUAGAAAAGCUGAAAUUCACAUUCGUAUUGAUAAAUUGGCAACAGGGUGCAACGAUAAUGCGAAUAGAAAAAAUCGUGGAUGUGGUGGCAAUAAAACGAAACCCAAACUUUGGAUAUUUCAAGUAAUGGAAAAUAAUACAACAAAAAAGAGCUGCGAUAAUUCUCCUCAACUUUGUGUUACUUACGAUGUGGAUAUAAUGAACUUAGGCUGGCAAAAAUUUGAUAUAACACUAACUGUCCGGGACUGGUACACACGAGCACCGACGGAAAAAUUGCGACUUCUUAUAGAUUGUACUGGUUGUGGCAAGCAUUAUAUUUUACAUUUGUUUAAUCAGCCAUUGGAGAAUUCGAAACAGAAACUAUUAUAUCUCCAGCGGGAAAAACGAUACCGUUCGGUGAAACGUAAUGAUCUUGUAGUACACUGGAGACAACCACGUUUGAACAGUAAUAUUAUUUCAGAAAGACAUAGUGAUGUUAAAGAGCGAGUAGAACAGCGUCCAAAAGCAAAAAUUUCUUUGUUAUGUAAUAAUAUUUUUAACUGCAAAACUAAGAAAAAUUUCACUUCAAAAAUAGACAACUAUAAAUUGAAUAACGUUCGUACAAAAUUAUUUCGGCCGCAUGUAUUAUUAGGAUAUUCAGAUCAGUCUAACCGACUGCAACCACAAGUUCCUCAGGCCCGAAGCAAGCCGAAAGUUAAUUCACAACCGCAAAAGUAUACGCGCUUAAAAAUCUCAUCAGAAUUAAGUCCUAAUCGACCAUUUUUGGUAUUGCGAACAGAAACAAGACGUCUUCGACGUGUACGACGACGUGCAAUUGAUUGUAUUGGCGCAAUACAUGGUCAAUGUUGCAAGGAAUCGUUUUAUGUGUCUUUCAAGGCAUUGGGUUGGGACGACUGGAUCAUUGCUCCACGUGGCUACUUUGCUAAUUACUGUCGAGGAGAUUGUACAGGUCCCUUUCGCACUCCUGAUACAUUUCAAACUUUUCACGCUCAUUUUAUAGAAGAAUAUAGAAAAAUGGGGCUUCUGAAUGGUAUGCAGCCGUGCUGUGCACCAGUAAAAUUUUCAAGCAUGUCUCUUAUAUACUAUGGUGACGAUGGCAUUAUUAAAAGGGAUCUUCCAAAGAUGGUAGUAGAUGAAUGUGGUUGCCCAUGAAUAAAAUACGUAUAUAUGUAUGUACUCUUGUAAAAUAUUGGUUGUGCUGAAUCAACUUAAUUUAAAAAUUUGAAUAUUAAUAUAUACAGCAAGACAUAUUAUUACAAAUUGUAUAAAAAAUGUAUAUGUACUUUAAUUCUAAGUCGUAGCUGCAUCGAAAAAAAUAUACUCACAACCCUACAACUUUA